CGUCGACGCAGAAGACGCUGAUGUCUGGGACACUGCAGCGGUAGAGGAAGCGAUAGCAGACAUGUCGCAUUCGACUCGUGACCGACAACUCUUGAGAGACCUGGACCGCCUCGACCGCCGACGAGAAGCAGAAGCCACCGAUCGCUCAGCCGAGGAUGAAACAAGGAGGCAAAGGCUCCAGAGAGUGCUCGCGAGACUGUCCCGCCUCGACGACUCAAGACCGACCUACGGCGUACCACCGACACAGCAGCAGUCCCUGUAUGACUGGGCUCCUACCAACGAAAGCCAGGAGGAAUCAGACCAGGCUGCCUCGCGCCGACGUGCUCUCUACCGGCGCCAUGACUUGAGAAGUGCUGCCAUCAUGCAGAAUGCUCGUACCACUGUUCGCUCGCCUAGUGGAAGCCAACGGCUUAACGAUGACGUGAAUGAUACACAAGACGUUCGAAGCACAUACCGUCGAACAUACCUGGCUGAUAGCCCCGCACAAGACUUGACGACAACAACGACAACUACAACAAGUCUUCUAUCAAGUCCCUCGCCUCUACUCGAGUCCGCUGUGAAGUACCUUGAUGAUGUGCGGGAGUGCUCUUCAUACGACGACUCACUCUGCACUGCUUUGGACCAUGGUCUUUUCGCUCCAGAAUGCUACGAUGAUCUUAUCACAGAUACAGGCAACUGCCCAAGCCCUCAGCCUUCCUCAUGGCUUGCCCCGGGCGCUGUCUUUCGAGGCACUCAGAAUACCACCACGGCCGUCAAGGCAUCCUCUGCACGGCCGGCUCCAGUCUUCGAUACCACUCGUCCCUCCUGGUUGGGUCAUCACCCCAAUCCAUACUCACAUUCUAACCCACCGUCCUUCUCGGCAAAUACAUUGUCCAACUUGACACUACCGCCUCGAGAGAUUCAAGAGCGUUGGCCUGUCAGGGUUACGGUGCAAGCGAUAGACUUCCUGAACAUGACAGUCGCUGGUACAAUGGAGGCAUUUGACGUUCCUAGCACAACACAUCUGUCUACUGAGACAGGCACACCUACGCCUCCAAUCACGACCUAUCUCGAAGGGCAGAUCAUUGACCUGAAUUUGCACACCUUUCUCACACCUGCCAAACCAAACCCUGGACCCAUCACCUUCCCGACAACCUCGGCUCUAACAGAUGCGGGUUAUUGGCGUAACUUACCACCAUUCAGCAGCAUGAAGUCUGAUCAAGAUGUCGCGCGAGCAAUGCUGAGUCGGGCACAGAUGGAUGAGAUCAUGUCGGAUUGGAUCUUCAUGCGCUGGAAGGAACGCUGCUUUAUACACUGCGAAUCAGACUUGUGCCGCACACACAGCGAACAUACGACGUCUGGCGAAGGGGACGAUAACGAUCUGAACCACGGAUUAACGAUCAGCGGAUUUUACUAUGUCAGCUUGCGGAGGAGCGACGGCAACAUUGAGGGUCUUUAUUUCGAUACCAAGACGAGUCCGUAUCAACGAUUGAGACUGGCGGCCAAGAGUGGUGGGACACUUGCUUCAUGGCAGUUCAAAUGAGCUCGUAGUCGAUGGCGGAGGUUCAGGAAGAGGGCGAUGAUGGCUUGUGAUACCGUCAACGAGAAUGUGCUGCUCGUCUUGAGCGCUGACAGAUACACGCGCCGCACUAAUUCAUAAUCACAUUUCAAGAAGAUUCACGUGCACGAUCGAUGUUUGUUUGGAGAGUUU